AUGUUCAAACCUUGCAGCGUGGCCUAUUGCAGACAAGACUUCACAAACAAACCACCCAGACAGUACGACUCUAACCCACAGUGUGGUCUGCUGUUGGUGGGGGUGUCAGAUGUCAGACCGCCCCCGAAGGUCAAGGUCAAGUUUAACGUGAAAGUACAAAGGCUGAGACGGAGAACAAAGGGUUUACCCCUAAACACCGUUAACACCUCUCCGGGCCGCGGCGCCUCCGCGAGCCGACGCACACGCCGGCGCCCGUCUGGAGCGCCUGGGAUACGGGAGGAGAGGAGCGCUGCCCCGGGGAUCAUAGAUGUUCUGCGGUGGGUAAGUUAUUACUAUCCUUACUGUAAAGUGUCCGACUGUGCGUCUGUAUCUAAAUGUCUCAUUUCAGUAGCACAGGGCAGACAGAAUCCGGUGGCUGGUACUGCGGUAGUGCACAGUUCCACCGGUAAAGAGCAGCAAGACUCACAGAGCACCCUGUUGGACCAAAGCCGACGGCAUCGGACGGCGUUCACGCGGGAGCAGCUGUCUCGUCUGGAGCAGGAAUAUGGCAAGGAAAACUAUGUAUCCAGACCCCGGCGCUGCGAACUGGCUACUGCGCUCAAUUUACCGGAGACUACAAUAAAGGUAUGGUUCCAAAACAGGAGAAUGAAGGAUAAACGCCAAAGACACUCCUUGCCUUGGCCUCACCCAUUUAUUGACCCGCUGGGGGGGCUUCUGAUGGGCAGCACAUCUCCUUCCUCCAUCUUACCAUACACCUUCAUCCAAACCCACCUUCCACACCUCCCGCUCCACCCCUAUGCUCCCCUGGCUCUCUCUUCAACUACAUCAUCUCACAGCCCAUACAGUGCACCAAUGAGUUCAGCAGAUGCAUUCCAUCUCUCCCAAUUCAACAAAAGGCCUGGGGAGCUGCCUCCAACAACAGUAGCACUCUACCCCUCUGUAAGCAUAAUGCACCACCCUACUUCAUGCCCCUGUCCACUGUGCCUGCAGUGGGACCCAGAACAACUGUACAAAGCAAGAAGGGAUGCACUGGGACUGGGCCGGCCCCGCACUCUGAAGGCUAACACUCAUUCUGCUAGUGUAGGGAAGACACAAGAGAUGGUGUAAAACUAGAUGAAAACAUCAUCAAACAAAUGUUACUGCAAGAAAAUUAUACCAUUUCCAGUGUCUUCUGUUAACACUAGAAGCUUGCCAAGCAUCACCUGCAGCAGAUGAUUAAGCUCUCAUAUUUUUGUGUAAAUCUUAACAGAAAUAAAAAAAAACUCUGCAUCUUUACAAUAGAAACCCAAAACACUGGCCUUGUUUAAAAUAAUGCAAAUCACAUUUGCAAUUAACUGAAGGCAUUGGGUUAUUCUGUUUUGUUUUGAUGUAUUAUAUUUUUGUUGCUGUUGUUACAUAAUUAUUUCAAGUAAGUUAAAAAAAACUAUUCAGUAGUAAGGCCACAUUUAUGCCUAUCAAAGCACACCAAAUAAAAGCCUUAACCUUUUCUUUGUAUUAUUUUUA